CCGUUCGUGUGUCGCUUCUCUGUAUUGGAAAAAAGCACCGUGCGGAUCGCAGCGAUGUCAGUCCAGGCUGUGGCAACGAAAAUGGCCGAGGUCGAAUUAAAAGACGUGGCCGGUAAAGACUCUCCCCCGGCGAUAUCUCCGCUGACACCCAAGGCAGAGGAGAAGAAGACAGAAAUAAACUCUUCGUCAACAUCCAUGGCAGCGGCCGCGGCGGUGGAGCCGAGCCCGGUGACCGUCGCACCGAGCCCCAUGAAGAUGCCGCAGGCGUCCGCGAUGAAGCGGUCGGACCCGCAGCAGAACGGCGGCGAGGCUUUUGUCAACUGUGACGGCACCGUGGCCGAGGGACCAAGAAUGAAGAAGAUCCAGUUUGCAGACCAGAAGCAAGAGUUCAACAAACGUCCCACCAAGAUCGGCCGCAGGUCUUUGUCUCGCUCCAUCUCACAGUCUUCAACAGACAGUUACAGCUCAGCCGCCUCAUACACUGACAGCUCGGAUGACGAAACUUCUCCUCGCGACAAGCAGCAGAAAAACUCCAAAGGCAGUGGCGACUUCUGCAUCAAGAACAUCAAACAGGCCGACUUCGGGCGCCGGGAGAUCGAGAUUGCAGAACAAGAGAUGCCUGCGCUCAUGGCUUUGAGGAAGAGAGCUCAGGGAGAGAAGCCAUUGGCUGGAGCCAAAAUUGUCGGUUGCACCCACAUCACAGCACAGACCGCUGUGUUAAUGGAGACUCUCUCUGCUCUGGGGGCUCAGUGCCGGUGGGCUGCCUGUAACAUUUACUCCACCCAAAACGAGGUAGCAGCCGCUCUAGCAGAGGGAGGUUUCUCAGUGUUCGCUUGGAAGGGGGAAUCAGAGGAUGAUUUCUGGUGGUGUAUCGAUCGCUGUGUUAACGUUGAGGGUUGGCAGCCCAAUAUGAUUUUAGAUGACGGAGGGGAUUUGACCCACUGGAUCUAUAAGAAAUAUCCCAACAUGUUCAAAAAGAUCAAAGGCAUUGUAGAGGAGAGCGUGACCGGAGUUCACAGGCUAUACCAGCUGUCAAAAGCUGGCAAGUUGUGUGUGCCUGCGAUGAAUGUGAACGAUUCAGUGACCAAGCAGAAGUUUGACAACCUGUACUGCUGCCGGGAGUCCAUCUUGGACGGUCUAAAGAGGACCACAGAUGUGAUGUUUGGAGGGAAGCAGGUGGUGGUGUGUGGAUAUGGAGAGGUGGGAAAAGGCUGUUGUGCUGCUCUCAAAGCGAUGGGAUCUAUCGUAUACGUCACCGAAAUCGACCCCAUCUGUGCCCUCCAGGCCUGCAUGGAUGGAUUCAGGCUGGUAAAACUCAGUGAAGUCAUCCGACAAGUUGACAUCGUCAUCACCUGCACAGGCAAUAAAAAUGUGGUAGUAAGAGAGUACAUGGACCGUAUGAAGAACGGCUGUAUCGUCUGCAACAUGGGCCACUCCAACACUGAGAUUGAUGUGGCCAGUCUGAGAACUCCUGAACUGACCUGGGAGCGUGUACGGUCGCAGGUGGACCAUGUGAUCUGGCCGGACGGAAAGAGAAUAGUGCUGCUGGCAGAGGGUCGCCUCUUAAACCUGAGCUGCUCCACUGUUCCUACCUUUGUGCUGUCUAUCACUGCUACAACCCAGGCUCUGGCUCUGAUAGAGCUCUACAAUGCUCCUGAGGGCCGCUACAAACAGGACGUCUACCUGUUGCCGAAGAAAAUGGAUGAAUAUGUGGCCAGCCUUCAUCUCCCUACAUUUGAUGCACACCUGACCGAACUGUCUGAUGAACAGGCCAAAUACCUCGGCCUCAACAAAAACGGACCCUUUAAGCCAAACUACUACAGGUACUAGACCCAAACUAAAGAAGACUAAAGAAAUCACCAAGACUCCAUAUUUCAUACAGACUAAGGCGAGCCAGAGCUGUGUGUGUGUGUGUGUCGCAGCCUGCUAUUGGAAAGGAGGGAGAAUCCCUAAUCUGAUUGGUCGAGGGUAAAAGGGGCGUGGCUAAUCAGCGCUACGGCAGUGUUUAUUUAUUUUACGCUAGAAUAACAUAGCUAAUUUUUUUAUGAGCUGCUACUGCCAGUGGUGCAACCUAGCGACGUUUCCAUGAUCUUUUCUUAGCUUCAUGUGUUAGUUGUACGUAAUCCAUUUAGAGAACUUUUAUUGUUUAACUAUUCUAAGUUAAAAAAAAAAAUAUCGAAAGAUAAAAAGUAACAAAAAAAAAGAGAAAUGUUUGAUCAUACCUGAUGAUUUAGUCUUGGACAUGCCACGUUGUCCUGUUCUCUUGUUUUCUACAUGUGAUUUUGUUUUAUGUAUUAAAAAAGGGUGGGAGUGAAUUACGGUUGGGUUCAAAUCGCUCUUAGUUGAUCACACUAUUCUUUAAUUGUUGUUUUUUUAUUGUAUUAAUUUUAUAGUAAAGAUUUUAACACUUUACACACUCUCUCUCUCGGUUCCAAAUAAAAGCUGUUGAAAUUGAACUGGAUUGUGAACGAUUUGGGGGGCGGGGCUUAUCCCCUUCGUUCACUCAGACUGGAAGCUCAUUGGCUGAGGCAUUAGCAUCUAAAAAAAAUUCCCCGAUUCACAACCACAGUUUCCAAAAACGCAAGUAUUGCCGUUUGAGAUCGAAAUAACUCGGUUGAGCAUUUUUACCAAUCUAUCCACGCUGAAACUGUAACCGCAGGGGUGUAUAUUAAGAUAUUUAUACAACUUUUUUGUUUUUAAAUGUGUUUCUUCUGACAUCUUUUGUUCCUAUGAACUCAUCUUCUGUCAUUAUGAAAAUAAGCAAUUACAUGUUCUAAGAUACUCUAGUGUAAUAAUAUGAACUUUAAGGAAACCCUUGUUUUAUAUACUGUGAAGUAGAGCCUAUAUCGAUGAAAUACCAAAUGUACAGUUAAUCCGGUACUGAGUUUCUUUCCAGAUCCUCUGCAGAUUUAGACAAUGGGUGAGAGAUGUGGCUUGAAACUGAAGUCAAGACCAACUGUGUGUACUUAUUUCAGAGGAUCGAAAGCUUUGGGGGAGUUUCUUUUUGUUUUGUUUUUAUUUGCAGGCCUGUAGAGCAAAACUGCCUUUGUGACUGGGAUGUUCAAAUCUAAUAAAAUUGGGACCUUUAUUUUACUAUACUUCUGAAAAGCAGAUAUUUAUCUCCUCUUUGCCAUCUGUGUUUGUCAUAAAGGGAAUCAAAAUGACUCUGUGCGUUUCUUGUUUAAUGUGGCGUCCAUUUCGUUUCCUCAGGACCGUCUCACAUGGAUAAGUGUGUGUGUGUGGUGUAAGUUAGUGACAAGUCAAAUUUUACAAUCAAUCAUUGCAGUUCCUUUUACUUGGAGUGUACUCACACUAGGCUAUCCGAACCGGCUAUCCGCACGUUUGACCUCCAUUUUCCAGUUCGUUUGGCAAGUGUGUGCACUCUGAAUCCGGCCCAGGCAUGGUUCAGUUGGCUGGCCCUGGCCCGGUUGGAAGAGGUGUGCCAGAACGCGGUUUGGUUGGGCUUUGACGUGGUGCGUUACAUCCGAAAGAUGACACUCACUGAUAGUAUAGUGUCUUUUUCACUAUACUGGGGCAUUAGGACUCACACGGACUGCAGGUUGAGCGCCCCCUGCUGGCCUCACUAACACACUUGUAGUGUCAUACAGACCGCAGGUUGAGCUCCCCCUGCUGGCCUCACUAACACCACUUGUGAUGUCACACAGACCGCAGGUUGAGCUCCCCCUGCUGGCCUCACUAACACCACUUGUAAUGUCACACAGACCGCAGGUUGAGCUCCCCCUGUUGGCCUCACUAACACCACUUGUAAUGUCACACAGACCGCAGGUUGAGCGCCCCCUGCUGGCCUCACUAACACUACCUGUAAUGUCACACAGAUCGCAGGUUGAGCGCCUCCCUGCUGACCUCACUAACACAUUUGUAGUGUGAGUGCAAAGCGCGAAACUGAAGACCAGACGUCUCUUAAGGGACUGUUUUAUAUGUAUUUAUUAAUCAUUCUUACUUUUCAAUGAACGCAAACUGUCAUGGUUGACUAAAGAUACAAACCCUUCACUGCACGUCAGCUGCCACCAUCAAACCUCCUAAUACAUGCAGCACCAUGACUUUCAUGGACAUUUAUGAGCGUCAGAAGUGGUGGAUCUGUCCAGAAAAAGAUUUGACUGUCACUGCAUAUUAAACCACUUAAAAUAAUACCAAACAAUAUAACUAAAGCAAUCUCCAUUCUACUGAGCGAGAGUGCUUCUCUUUUGUUAAACUGAACAGUCGCAUUAUUAAUGACAUAUUCGGGCUCGGAAGGCAAAAAAUGCAACGUGAGUGCGGGCCAAGGGGGAGAGGGCAGGGGGGACAAUUGCGGCUGGGCACGGUUCAAGACAACCGUGCCUAGUGUGAGUACACCCUUACACAAAAAAAGAUUUAAAAUGAGCUGACUCAACACCGUUCUUAAUUGUUUUAAGUUCAAUCCACUUCAAUUUGUUGCAUUAACUUAAUCGAUUUGCGUUGGGACAACAUGAAGGAAUUGUGUGGCGUGUUUUUAACAGUGUAUAGCAAAACCCCUAAAGGCAUAUAACAGUGUUACAUUUCCUCCCAGACGUCCUACAAACACAAGGCGAGUUAAACGGUUCUGUUAUUAGUUUGUCCUGCUCUCGUAGUUUGGUAUCCAUCAACAUUAGUAUUAAAACUGUAAAUGUAUUGAGUCCCCACAUCUCCUCAGUAAUCACAUUCUUCAUUCAGUGUCUGUUGAACGCAGGAUCUCUGUACUGAAGCACAUCCGUUUGUGUACGUCUUGUUUAAAUGUGUUCAACUUAUUGUCUUAAUUUUUGGUGUAUGUUUGUGUGUGUUUGAAGAGGCUCUUGUACACGAAAAGUGUGUGUUUGCUGCUGUGUGGCAGCAGACGACAGUGGGUGGAGGAUAUUUCCGGAUGGAUUUAUAGAGCGCAUUGGGAUCUACACCAGCACCUCUGGACAUGAAGAAACUAGAACAUGUGUAUAUUUAUUGUUGUAAAUCUUCACUACGAAUAAGAAAGUCUUCAAUGAUGAGUUGUCGACGAUGUUUCAAUAUUGCAAGUGAUGGUAGAUGAGCAAUAAUCUGUAAUCUUGAUGAACAAAUACAAAUAAAAUCCACCAGUGUAAACAGUU